UUUUGGUUACAUGCUGUAUAAAAAGUUGUGAAGCUCUUCAGUGCUCCUAUAUGAUCUCCUGCACUAGGAGCAGUGUAAUGUGGUGCAGUAUCAUCAGAUGAGAUUAUAAUUGGGUUUCAGUCUCACAGGAGUCUGCAGUGAGAUUCUCGGAGUGUGUUCGAGGUCUGAUCUGAUCUCACACACUUGGCUGUAGUUAAAGGCGGACAGCAUCCUGUCUGUGUGCUGCAGUUCAGAUGAGCAGAAGGAGCGAUCACACUCACACUGAACUUCUCUCCUCUCACACUCAGCUUCUAAUUCACUGGACCGCUUCAAUUUUUCACUUUUAUUUAUGGAUUAUUGUUCUCGUUAUAUUUGCGUGAAUAUAACCAGCGAUUUCUUCUUGAAAGUACAGUUGGUCUUCAUGCUUUGGUGAGUUUGGAUGCGCUUUUUUGAACUUUGCACCAUGGAAAAAGUGAGAGUUUUGGAGUGAAUUCAUCGUUCAGAAGUCUAUUUUUAGGAGUUGGAUUUGUAUAUUUCUAUAAGUUGUACAUAUACAUAUAAGUAGACAUGGAUAAAUACGAGGAUUUGGGGCUCGAAGCGAGCAAAUUCAUCGAGGAUUUGAACAUGUACGAGGCGUCCAGGGACGGACUGUUCCGCAUGAAGAGGGACGCAGGAAACAACCCGGACUUUGAGGAAACAAGGAGAGUGUUCGCCUCCAAAAUGACCAAGAUUCACAUGCAGAAGCAUCAAGAAGAGAUGGAGAGAAACAACCUGGCUGAAAGGCUCAACGGUGGCACUUUAUACACUAAAGACAGACCACCUAUUAGUAGCGCCAGGCAUGAAGCUGCAUCUAAGCCUCCUCUUCUCUCAGGACCGAGUACGUUUCAUGAAGGACAGAAACAUCAUCCAGCGAGCCCACAGGAUGCCAAGGUUUUCACCUAUGGAAGCCAUCAUGACCGUAAAGACCUCACACAGUCAUGCCAUGAUCCAGCUUUUGAUACUGGAAACACUUAUCUUCAAAUUAUGCCUUCUUCUCCAAGUCCUUCAGGCACCUGGUCAUCUAAGAGCAAUUCUCAAAUCCAGGCAUCAUCACCCACUCUUGGCCUGAGUUCCAGCACGCCAGGAGCUAACAUGAACCAUGGAGCAACUUCUCCACUUCGACAGAACUCACCCUGCCAAACUUUAUCACCCGCGGUGAAGCCUGAUUGGGUUCCAUCGUCACCCACAGGUGCUCAUGGAGAACCAGAUUCUAACCACAAGUCUUCUCCAUAUGUUAGCCCUGCUUAUCAUUCCGAACCCAUCAUCCCUCAGAUUCCUUAUGGAGACCCGCGCCAUAAUGGGGUUUCUCAAAACACUGGGGCGUAUGCUGCGGCCCAGCUGUCACCGCUCGCACAAAGCCAACCAGAAGCACAUCAGUCUAAAGGACAAGUGCAGUACCCCACUCGAGGACAUAGCAGUCCCACUGAUCGAGACAAUGUAUCGAGCGCGAUUGCAGAGCCGGCUAAAAGUGAUGCCCACAGCCCCCCUCAGGCACUCAAGCUGCCAUGCCACACUCUCCAUAUACAGCCCGAGCCUGGGCCGUCUGCAGCUGAAAUAAAAUUAGAAGCUCUGACUGAACGCCUGGAAAAAGAGAUGGAUACCCAGCCUAAGGCUGACUACUUUGGCAGUUGUGUGAAAUGCAAUAAGGCUGUUUAUGGAGCCAGUCAGGCAUGCCAGGCUAUGGGUAGCCUUUACCACGACAGCUGUUUCACAUGCAGUGCAUGCAGUCGGAAGCUGAGGGGGAAAGCAUUUUACUAUGUCUCCGGGAAGGUGUUUUGUGAAGAGGAUUUUCUUUACUCUGGCUUUCAACAGUCAGCUGACAAAUGUAAUGUAUGUGGCCACCUGAUCAUGGACAUGAUCCUGCAGGCCCUGGGCAAGUCCUAUCAUCCCGGCUGCUUUCGCUGUGUCAUCUGUAACGAGAGCCUGGAUGGAGUGCCCUUUACUGUGGACACUGAGAACAAGAUCUACUGUGUGAAAGACUACCACAGGGUUCUUGCUCCUAAAUGUGCAGCAUGCAAUCAGCCAAUCCUGCCCCCUGAAGGUUCUGAUGAAACCAUUCGAGUGGUGUCUAUGGAUAAAGACUAUCAUGUAGAAUGCUACCACUGUGAGGACUGUAAGAUGGAGCUAAAUGAUGAAGAAGGGCAUCGUUGUUAUCCACUUGAUGGUCGCCUGUUGUGCCACGCAUGCCACCUCAAACACAUCGAGUCAAGCUGCCCGUCUGUGUGAUGAAAAGGAGAAUCAGUGGUGGAAAUCUGCUGCCCCCUGUGGCUGUCAGGAAAAUUACACCAAACCUUCACUUUUGACUUCAGAUCACUGCAGUUGUUGGAUUAUUGAAUAAACAUCACUUUACUUCCGUGUCACAUCUCUCUCUCUCUCUCUCUCUCUCUCUCUCUCUCUCUCUCUCUCUUUUUAUUUUAUUUUACUGUUUUAAAGAGCUGUCUCUAAAUAGUCUGAUUGAUUUCAGUAUUAUUCUUUUUUUUCUAAUUCAGUCCCUUGACUAAAUUGUUUGUUUUUUUACCUACUUUAAUUAGAUAGUCUAGAGAAAAAUAAUUUAUGGUAUGAAAGUGUGACAGAGUGACCAUGAACUUAUUGUGCAUUGAUUUUUUUUUUCAUGUACAUGUCUGUUAUUUAUCUUUACACUCUUGUUGCACAACAUCAGCUUAUGACAGUAAUGUCACACACGUUUGUGUUUAAGACAAUGCCAAAUUAAAUGCGUUAUUUCUUAUUCAAGUAUUUCAUUGUUGUGCCAUUUUAUAAUUAAUAAAAUAUCUUCAAUUUUUUUGUUAUUA